AUGGCCUGGUCCACAAGAACGGAUGCUUCUACUUUGACUAGGAAGGGAAUCACAACUAUUAGCAUCAUAAUAUUCACAAAAUUGGUGAAUUCGCAGUUUCCUAUUCCGCCCCCAGUCAAUACUACUUCUCCUUCUGGCACCGGGACCGGAAGUACGUCGACAACUUCGACCCAAACACCUACAUGUACUCCGGCUUCACCUCCGUCGGUUCUCUCUGCCGGUGCCAUCGCCGGGAUUGCCAUCGGCUGUGCUGUCGCUGGUUUAGUUGCCGGCCUUCUCGUGGCAUGCAUUCUGCUACGGCGCAAGAAAAGAAGACACAGUCGCAAGGCAGAUGCCGUCGCUACUCAUCAUGAAUCAAAGGCGUAUUCCCCCGAAACGACUCCUCCCGCUGCCGCCAGCGACAUCCAACUCAAACAGUUUCUCCCAGAGGCAACACCUGACAGAGAAAUAGCGCAGGAGAUGCAGUCGCUUGGGGGCCUCAUUCAUCAGCAUGUCGAAAACUAUUACCACUCCAGGCCCAUCAAUGCCAGCACACACGAUCUCAGCACAACCCUGAAAAGCCUCGGCUUCAAAGGCCAGAGCUCGUCGCCAGAUACAUAUACCAAAAACAUUACAGCCCUAUGUCUAGAUCCGAAAACGCGACAAUCUGGCUUGCGUCACGUUAUUACGCGAGCAAUAUUCAGCAGCAUCGGCUUCCACACAGAAACUAGCCUCCCAUCUAUGCUCCCACAGCCAGUGGCUUCAUUUUUGCAAGCUAUGCCUCCCGAUGAACUCGGUCACAGUGCAGAUGCUCAAGAUUCCAUCCAUGCAGCCGUGUCGUUGGCCCUUCGCAGAUGGCGCGGCCUCACGGUAUUCCUCUUGCACCCGCGCCGUAACCUUCGCACCCCGUUGCCCAUCGACAACGCGGCAGUGCCUCUGCAGGCUCAGGAGCUGGCCAACUCCCUUGAUAAGUUUCUCGGCGUCUUUGUAGACACAGACGCGGGUGUAGCACGACAGCAGAGAGCCCACCUAGAAGCCGUGAUUGUGGAAUGCACAAGGCUCGGCUAUGUUCUCCUGUCUCAUCCCUGCGACUGGGGCUUCGUCACGGAUGUAGCCUCGACCAAGGAAGGUCUUCAUGGCUUGGUGGUUGAGGCAGGAUUAGACAAGCUAAGCGGCCAGGACGGGCCGCCAUAUUCUCAUCCUCGAACAGUGGUUGAACCAGUCGCCGUUUACCAUGAGCCCAGGGUCUAA